GCAGGAGACAUCGGGGGCGCGCAAGCGCUGCUUUAGGGGCGGGGGACGCUCGGGGAGAUCCGGGUUUGUGGACGAGCAUGACGUGUACAACAGAAUCAAAACAGAGCCGGUGCUGCACACUGGAGGCUGCCGGCUGCGUACUGCGCGGAGGUUGCUGCAGGCACACUAGCCGUGAACAUGGCAGACGGCAAUUUUGAUCCAUGUGAGUGCAUUUGCUCCCAUGAUCAUGCAAUGCGAAGACUGAUUAAUUUGCUAAGGCAGUCCCAGUCUUAUUGCACCGACACAGAAUGCUUGCAGGAACUACCUGGACCCAAUCCUUCCAGUGAUGGCGGAAUUAGCAUUGCAAUGAUUGUCAUGGCCUGGCUUGUUAUCGGUUUUACCAUAUACCUGCUGAGACCCAGAAGUCUCCGUGGAUCAAGGGCGACUGGAAAACCUGCUACUCCACAUAAUGAUCAUAGCCAUGAACCUCCAGCACCACCAGUAGACUAGUAACUCCUGGAAUUUCCACAGAAUAUUUGCACGACCAAAUGAAUCCAGAAUGGCCAGACUACUCUGAAGUGGAUGAUUCUUCUUCUUUCUUUCCUUUCUAUUAACGCCGACCACCCUAUCGGUAUUGGGCAUUCCAUAUCCUGAGAUACCUGGUGGAUCGAGGAUCUUUGGAGCAUGUUGUCUUGUUCCAGAUGUUCUUGCAGUAAUUUUUUUUUCUUGUAAAUGUAGACUUUGAUUAAUAGCUUUGUCUGGACUUUCAGCCUUAAUAUAACUUUUAAGAUGCAUCACA